AAAGACUUGGGGAGAACGCCGCGGAGGUAGUCGUUACCCGUCUCUGUUUCACUUAGACGCAGUUGCUUUCCUGGUGUGAGGAGGUCUUCUAGCAGCUGCCCUGCUUUUGUGCUUUCAGCGCUGGUACUGUGAUGUACAGCCCUGAAGAGUUCCCCCCUAUUCAUUUUUUUCCCCUGCAGAAAUGAAUCUCAUUAUGGAAAGUGCAAAGCUUUAUAAAGGGAUAAAGUUUGAAUUUUAUGGAGUGUAAUUUUGUGUAUGAAUCACAUUUUUAAUAUAUAGUUUUCAUAAAGAAAGCUAGUAAAUUCUGGUACAUUCUGUGUAAACAUUAAUUCUAUUAGUAAUAUAGUGUUAGGCAUUUGUGAUAACAAAAGAGCUGUCUUGAUAAAUUGAUUCCUCAUUUAUCAUGACUGAUACCAUAUCUGAAUGGUCCUUAAAUGAAAAUCAGUUUAUUUAAAAUUUUUAAUGCAAUAUAGAAAGUGUGUGUUGUGGAAAUUUUAUGGCUGAUUUUAUGGAGAAUAUACCAUCAGUUGACCAGGUAUAAUAAAGAGAUAUGCAGAGUUAAGAAGAAAGACAACGUGAUACUGCAGGAAAUAGAAACAAAAUAGAUAAUGUUUAGCAAAGGUAGAGGAGUUAACAGUGAGCUUUAAACAAUAUUCAUUUGACAUCUCUUAUAACAGGUGUGGGACACAAUAAGGCUUUGGGUGUUGACUUCCCCAAAAGUUGUUGGCUGAAGCUAACAUAACCCACUUAAGUCAAUUCUGUGAUAAGUUGUGUGCAGUUAGCUUUUAAAUAAUGUGACCCUUUGAAAAUUUUAAUUACUUAUUUGCUAGAAUAAGAUGGGAUUAUUUUGGAUUUCACAGUAAAGUGCUUGUAAAGGGGAAAAAAGCCUAAAUUUAACUUUACUUUUGUGGCAUAAACAGUAAUUGUCCUUAUAUCUAGACUUUAUAGCUUGUAACCAAAAGCAAAUUAAAAAACAUAAUUUAUGUAUUCUAUAGUUACUUAGAAUUUUGAGAAUAUAAACUUCUUUGAAAAAUAGUUUUAAUACCUUUAGAAGCGUGUAAACUUUUUUCAGGCCUUUAAGUCAGUUAUUCUACCAAAUUGUGAGCAAAAAGCGUGUAGUUUACUUAAAAGUGUUAAUAGAAUCCCAAAGUACUCAUAAGUAUCUUGGUAAUUUAGGAGAAAUAUAAAUCUAGUAAAAGAAGGUAUGGUGGUUCAACUAAAUAGAAGUCUUUGAUUUCUUUUUGUGGUAAAAAGUGACAAGAAAUUGUAUGUGAAAGUUUUAGUCAUCAAAAAGUACUUCUUUCUACUCAUGCACAAAACUACCUCCAAAGAGUUAUCCAAGAUCCCUUGCAUCAAAAAAUAAGGAGUAUAAUGGAAGACAGCACAAUCUUGUCAAAUUGGACAAAUAACAACAAACAAACAAUGAAGUAUGAUUUUUCAUGUGAGCUCUACAGAAUGUCUACAUAUUCAACUUUCCCCAUCGGUGUUCCUGUUUCAGAAAGGAGUCUUGCUCGUGCUGGUUUUUAUUACACUGGUGUGAAUGACAAAGUCAGAUGUUUCUCUUGUGGCCUGAUGCUGGAUAAUUGGAAACAAGGAGACAGUCCUAUUGAAAAGCAUAAACAGCUAUAUCCUAGCUGCAGCUUUAUUCAGAAUCUGGUUUCAGCUAGUCUGCAAGCCACCUCUAAGAAUACCUCUCCUUUGAGAAACCAUUUUGCACAUUCAUUAUCUCCUAGUUUGGAACGGAGUGGCUCAUUCAGCGAUUCUGUUUCCUGCCUUUCACCGAAUCCUCUUAAUUCUAGAGCUGUGGAAGACUUCUCUCCUUUGAGGACUAACCCCUAUAGUUAUGCAAUGAGUACUGAAGAAGCCAGAUUUCUUACUUAUAAUAUGUGGCCCUUAACCUUUUUGUCACCAUUGGAAUUGGCGAGAGCUGGCUUUUACUAUGUAGGACCUGGAGAUAGGGUAGUCUGCUUUGCCUGUGGCGGGAAGCUAAGUAACUGGGAACCGAAGGAUAAUGCUAUGUCAGAACACAGGAGACAUUUUCCCAACUGUCCGUUUUUGGAAAAUUCUCUAGAAAUGCUGAGGUUUAGUAUUUCAAAUCUGAGCAUGCAGACACACACAGCUCGAAUGAGAACAUUUAUGUACUGGCCAGCUAGUGUUCCAGUUCAGCCUGAGCAGCUUGCGAGUGCUGGAUUUUAUUACGUGGAUCGCAAUGAUGAUGUCAAAUGCUUUUGUUGUGAUGGUGGCUUGAGAUGUUGGGAAUCUGGAGAUGAUCCAUGAGUAGAACAUGCCAAAUGGUUUCCAAGGUGUGAGUUCUUGAUACGAAUGAAAGGGCAAGAGUUUGUUGAUGAGAUUCAAGCUAGAUAUCCUCAUCUUCUUGAACAGCUGUUGUCAACUUCAGAUACUACUGGAGAAGAAAAUGCUGAACCAAUUGUUCAUUUGGGACCUGGAGAAAGUUCUUCAGAAGAUGCAGUCAUGAUGAAUACACCUGUGGUUAAAUCUGCUUUGGAAAUGGGCUUUAGUAGAAGUCUGGUAAAACAGACAGUUCAAAGUAAAAUCCUAACCACUGGAGAGAAUUAUAAAACAGUUAAUGAUAUUGUAUCAGCACUUCUUGAUGCUGAAGAUGAAAGAAGAGAAGAGGAGAAGGAAAGACAAGCUGAAGAAAUGGCAUCAGUUAAAGGAAAUGCUGCAGCCAACAUCUUGAAAAACUGUCUAAAGGAAAUUGACUCUAUGUUAUAUGAGAACUUAUUUGUGGGAAAGAAUAUGAAGUAUAUUCCAACAGAAGAUGUUUCAGGUCUGUCGCUAGAAGAACAGUUGAGGAGAUUACAAGAAGAAAGAACCUGCAAAGUGUGUAUGGACAAAGAAGUUUCUAUUGUGUUCAUUCCUUGUGGUCAUCUGGUAGUAUGCCAGGAGUGUGCCCCAUCUCUAAGAAAAUGUCCUAUUUGCAGGGGUAUAAUCAAGGGUACUGUUCGAACAUUUCUCUCAUAAAAGAAUAGGCUAUAUUUUAGUCUUUACCAAAAAGCCUUUAAGCUGUUGUUGAACAUUGCAAGCCAUCUAAAAUUAAAACAAGGAAUGUUUGGUUCUUUA